AUGACCACAUCUUCCUCCUCCUCCUCUUCCCUCGAGCUGGGUGCGCCCACUGCUGCUGCUGAUCGCAGAUUCAGUAUUCGCGUACCUUGCACCUCAUCCAACAUAGGUCCAGGAUUCGACGUGGUGGGCUUAUCCCUUUCGCUCUACCUCACGCUUCAAGUACGCAUCUCCAACCAUUCCACCUCCACCUCCACCUCCUCCCUUAACCAGCAUCCAACGCUUCAUUAUACGGGCAUUGGAUGUGAGGAUGCGCCUUUGGAUCCCUACAAGAACCUCAUCACCCGUUGCGCGCUCUAUGUCCUGCGAGCGAAUGGUAAAGGUCCGCUAUUCCAACCCGGCAUCUCCAUCCACGUGCACAACCAGAUCCCCUUUGGACGAGGCUUGGGCAGUUCGGGUGCUGCCGUCGUAGCUGGCAUCAUGCUGGGCGACGCGUUGGGCGGAUUAAAGUUGAGCAGGGAUAGAUUGUUGGAUCAUGCCCUCAUGAUCGAACGUCAUCCGGACAAUGUGACUGCAGCAUUGAUGGGCGGUUUUGUAGGCUCUUACCUCUUGGAUCUCUCAAAGGAGGAGAGGGCAAAGGUGGAUGUGCCUCUCAGCGAAGUCUUGCCUGCCUGGCCCGUUGAUGCCAGCGCUCAUUGGGGUCCCAAUCCCAACACUCCUCCCACCGGCAUCGGUCAUUACAUUCGAUUUGGAUGGGCGCAGGAGAUCAAAGUCAUUGCCAUCAUUCCCGACUUCGAAGUGUCGACUGCAUUAGCAAGGAGCGCUCUGCCCGACACUUACUCCAAGGCGGAUCUAGUGAGUGCGGGCGGGCGCGGGGCAGCAUAGCAACAUGGGACCUGGUGCAUGUUUUGCUCGAGUCGGAAUGCGCCGCUUGCUUGCUUGCUUGCUUGCUUGCUUGCUUGCUUGCUUGCUUGCUUGCUUGCUUGCUUGCUUGCUUGCUUACUUGCUUGCUUACUUGCCUGUCUCUCUCUCUCUCCCCUCUCUACACUCUUCCAUCUCACGCCAAAGAUUUUCAAUCUACAAAGACUUGCCGUCCUCACUACCGCACUAGCACGUUCUCCUCCCGAUGCCUACCUCAUCUUUCAAGCGAUGCAAGAUCGCGUUCAUCAACCUUAUCGUAAAGAGCUAGUGAGUCGAGCAAGGGAUUUAGUGGACCGCAGGGGUGGGGGUAAAUAGUGUUGUGGAGCCGCUGCUCGGAAGCAGGGUGUUCUAAACCCUUGCAACCUGCAAGCCCUUGCCUGAAUGACGCGCGCGCUUGGCCUGCAAAUCCCUAACUCUCCGUGUGCGCUCUGCAAUGCCCCCCUUGCGCCACGCUGCCAGAUCCCAGGUCUUCCGCGCAUCCUCUCCUCCGUCACACCAAGCACGCAUCCAGGUCUACUAGGCAUCUGCCUCUCCGGAGCAGGUCCCACAAUCCUAGCCUUGGCCACGCACAAUCUGGAGAGCAUCUGCGAAACGAUUGGUAAGGAAUUUGAAAAGGAAGGAAUCAGUACGAGAAAGGAGGUGCUUUGCGUUACGAGCCAGGGAGCUGUUGUUCAGCAAGAAGAUUAG